AAUGCCAACAUGGACCCGUGGCAAGGACGGGACGAGUGAGCGUGCCACGACAAUAACACGACGGAGGGGAGAAGGAAUCCCGAAAAUAUAGGGCACCAUCGACGGUGCUGCUUCCCCGCACCGAGUGACCGAGACUCACCCGAGCUACACACGGUCUUGUGAUUGCUCUUCCGGGUCAGGUUUCGUCGAGGUUCUCUCGUACCCAUUUGGCCUGGAUCAAUGGUGUCUCUCAGCAGCAGAACGCUGAGUUUGGACAAUGACCUGUUCAGGGACAGCAGCAAUAGCAGCAGCAGCAGCCUGUUCUCCCUCGGCCUGGGAGACGCAGCCUGCAGUGAGGAAGCUAGUGUGGCCUCCUGCGACAGCCCAGAGGCAGGGGACUUGGGGGCUAUGCACAGCUCCAGCCAUGGAGAGGAAGAAGAUGAGGAGGAUGAGGAUGAUGACGAAAAUGACAGAGCACGCCUGCAUGUCUUUCUCGGAGCUGCAGAAAUCGAGAUGCCUGUGAGUCAGGAGUCUAAGCUGCCGGAAUUCCCUUUCCAACCCUCAUCCCCAUUCUCCCCAACCCUGGAGGACAUAGAGGAGUUCUUAAAGGAAAAGAUGGAACUGGUCAAAGAAGAACUAAUGGUCACUAAAGAGGAAGCCACCCCUCUCCCAUGCAGCUCCAGCGACUCCCCAUCUUCUACUGCACCCCUAGCCUCCUCCUCCUCAGACACUUGUAGUGACCCAGGGACGAGUGCCUCCCAUUGCACGUCUAGCCCAAGCCCCCCUCACCAUGAGCAAAACAGUCCCAGCCCAAGUGACCCUUCUCCUACCACCCAGGUAACCUCCUCAUCAUCCAGCGUAUCCCCCUCAAUGCUUUUAAGUGCUCCACUGGUUCUCCAGCUCCAGCCCCUACCUGUGACCCAGCCUCAGACCCCAGCAGGCUCUCCACCCGGAGCCCAAAAUGGCAUUUGGCUCACUCACCUAGUCAUGGGGCUCCAGGCUGCGACGGGACAAAAUCUCACCCUUCUGACCCCCCAGGUGCCCUCCUCUCCGACCACUAUUUUAUCCCUGAGCAGUGGAGACAUGAAGUCAGCUGACCAGAAGUAUGUAAAAAUCGCACCUCUGCCCAUCAAAAUGAAGGCUGUAGAGAUUGUGAGUCUAACUGGGGUUGGGGCCCAGAGCAGUGGUUUGUUGAAGGCCAUGGCUCCGCGGGUGACCAGAGUGCCACCUACAGAGAGGGUCCACAAGUGCUCCCACCCAGGCUGUGGAAAGAUGUACACCAAAAGCAGCCACCUGAAAGCUCACUUCCGACGACACACAGGAGAGAAGCCCUACACGUGCAGCUGGCCUGACUGUGACUGGAGGUUCUCCCGAUCUGACGAACUCUCCCGUCACCGCCGCUCUCACUCUGGCAUCAAGCCGUACGAGUGCUCGCUGUGUGAGAAGAAGUUCGCCCGUAGCGACCACUUAUCCAAACACACAAAGGUCCACAGCAGGAUCAUCAGGACCACCGUGUGACACCUUAAGCUGGCCUAAACCCUGCCCACGC